CAUUCUUCCAUUCAACGAAAUCAAUGUCGUCGCCUGUCGGCCUGUGGAAUAAAGACGUGAAACUCAUUUUAAAAUUGAAAUUCAUGAUUCUGACAAUAGAUAUUAACUUAUUUAUUAUUUAAUUCAGUCUAGAAGUGUACAGCAGUAUCGUGCCGGAAUUCAAAUACCUAUAAUACUUGAGAUUAAAAUAUUUUGGUAGAUUGAAAACGACAUGUUCAUGCUGAAAUUUUCAUCUUGAUUGGCGCCACGACAAGGAUAGUAUUUCCACGAGUAUUUAUAUUAUUUAGAUCGUUUUACUACCUUCAGCAUGUCUGUUAAACGUCAAGCUACGACUGAAUUGAACCAUGAGAAUUGGGAUCAAGAUGAUCCCGCCGACCAUGAAGAAAUGGGCAGUUUCAAAAUUGCGCCGAAGGAAAUGCUUGAAAAACGUGUUAUCAGAACUGCAAAAAGGCGUAGCCAAGUUACUGGUGACGAGCCAAAGAAAAGUGUCUUCAGUGGAUUUAGUGGAUUCAAUAAAGCUCAACCAGCCUCUUUUGACUUCUUGUCAAAAUUAACUAAUGGAAGCAAUGACAACAAUGGUUCAUCCAGCAAGGCAGAUUCAUCGGUGACAUCGAGUUUGUUUACAAAUAAGCCACUUGCAAGUCCAAGCAGCGGUGGUUUUGGCAAUCAAUCAAAUACAACACCAACCAAGUCCCCAUUUGGUUCUCCACAAAUUCCGUCAGGCUUCUUUGGUAUUCCACCUCCAAGCACACAGCCUUCAGUAUUUAGUACAUCUAAAGCUGACUCCACUGUCAAUGAUUCUCCAUUUAAAAUACAGACUGUUACCAGCUCAACAGAUAACAAUACAGAUUCUACAAAAUCAUCUAGCGCACCAGUUACCUCCAGUAAAUUUGACAUUCCAACAACCAGUUCUAAUAAUGUAGCAAAGUCAUCAUUUUCAGGCUCCAAUUCAACUCUAUUUAAAAUCCCACCAUUGCCAAACACAAAUGCUGUACAAAACAAAUUUGGUUUGACAUCAAAACCAGAAUUAAAAGCUAAUAACACAGAGAAAAAAAUUGAAGAUACCAAGAAUGAUAAAAAGAUGAUAUACUAUUCAAAACUAAAAGGUUUGAAUGAAUCUGUAUGUGAUUGGAUAAAAAAACAUGUGGAACAAACUCCUCUAUGUAUACUUUCACCAAUAUUUAAAGAUUAUGACAAGUAUUUAAAAGAAAUACAGGAAGAAUAUAAAGGUUCAGAAGAAGGAAACAAAAAACCGGAUGAUAAAAAUCCAACAAGUGAUGCGGAAGGAAAUAUUGCUAGCAAGCCUGCAGCACAAAACGAGACAUCAAAACCAUCAAUUUUUAAUGUGUCACCAAGUUCUAAAUCACUGUUUGCUACUCAAAGUUCUCCAACAGCAGCAAGUGAAAAACCGGGCUCAUUUUCGUUUGGGGUUGGUUCAUCUACAAACACUUCAAGUACAAUCACUACCAGCUCAGCAGGAUUUUCAUUUGGUGCCAUUACUUCAAGUACUGCGAGUGCGGUAACAUCUUCUCCUUUCUCAUUUGCCACAACCACAAGCACCACAGCAGCCAAUGGAUCAGCAGCGCCAUUUUCCUUCGGGAUUGCAAAGCCUUUCAGCUUUAAUUCAAAUGUAAAACAAAACACAGACACUGCUGAAGAAGCCAAUGAAGAUGAAGAUGCACCACCUAAAGUGGAAUUUACACCAGUUGUUGAAGAAAAUUCUGUUUAUGAUAAGCGCUGCAAAAUAUUUGUUAAAAAAGAUGGUAAUUUUGUUGACAAAGGUGUUGGUACAUUAUACAUAAAAAAAGUAGAAGAAAGUGGAAAACAUCAGCUACUUGUUAGAGCCAAUACUAACUUGGGCACUAUUUUAGUGAACUUGAUAUUAGUGUCUGCGAUCCCUACACAGCGCAUGGGCAAAAAUAAUGUUAUGUUGGUAUGCAUACCUACACCAGAAUCAAAGCCCCCACCAACACCAAUCUUAAUUAGAGUGAAAACUUCAGAUGAAGCUGAUGAAUUACUAGAAACUUUAAACAAAUAUAAAACAUGAAGUUUUAAUCUACUAUGUUAGUUUAUGCUUAACUAGUUAUAAACUUUUUACUGUACCUAUAAUAUAGCUGGACUAGAGUAGCCAUUUUGUUCAGAAAUUGUAUUUUUUAUUAAUUUUUUUUUCUACAUAAUUAUCUGAAUGAUAUUGUAAUCAGUAAUAACAUUAUUGUAGACCUUGAUCAUUCAAUAAAAAACUAUUCAUAUUGCAUAAGAA